AUGACGGAGAUUACAAACCGACUAGCUGAACUAGACGAAGCUGUUAAAAACCAGUUCUCGGAUAUGAAGAAAAUCGGGUACAGAAUCCAUUCGGUGUUUGUACACCGUGGCCAGGCCACGUUUGGCCAUUACUGGAUCUACAUCAACGACAUGAAACAGGGUGUCUUCCGUAAAUACAACGACGAAUACGUCACUGAAGUACCCUAUAGCGAGGUGUUUGAUGACCGUGAAGACAAUACUGCAACUCCCUAUUUCCUAGUUUUUGUUCGCGAGGAUCUUGCUAACGAGUAUACUGAUGCAGUUGUUCGCCAGCCCCUUUCUUUGCAGACCGAGGCCGAUAAACUAAGUAGCAUCGAUUCUAUGGAGUCAUGA